CCCAGGCACUUUAAGGAGGGGGCGGGCCCCAGGGCGCUAGUCCCCGGAGCAGUUGCCGCGGGGACUGGGCGGUGACGCGGUCGGAGGGCGGAAGAGAGAAAGUUGUCGCCGUCCCGGGCCGAGUUUGGCGGAUCCGUGCGCGGGCCGCGGCGAUGGGGGGCUCGGGUAGUCGCUUGUCUAAGGAGCUGCUCGUCGAGUACCAGGACUUGACGUUCCUGACCAAGCAGGAGAUCCUCCUAGCUCACAAGAGAUUCUGUGAGUUGCUUCCCCCGGAUCAUCGGAGCACGGAGGAGUCACUGCAGGCACGAGUGUCCUUCCAGCAGAUCUUCAGCCUUCCAGAGCUCAAGGCUAACCCCUUCAAGGAGCGAAUCUGUCGGGUCUUCUCCACCUCCCCAGCUAGAGACAACCUGAGCUUUGAGGACUUCCUGGACCUCCUCAGUGUGUUCAGUGACACAGCAACCCCUGACAUCAAGUCCCACUAUGCCUUCCGCAUCUUUGCCUCUGGUAUCUGCCCUCCAGACUUUGAUGAUGAUGGGACCUUGAACAGAGGGGACCUGAGCCAGCUUGUGAACAGCCUCACAGGAGAGGGCGAGGACACCCAGCUGAGUGCCUCAGAGAUGAAGCAGCUCAUUGACAACAUUUUGGAAGAGUCUGACAUCGACAGGGAUGGGACCAUCAAUCUCUCCGAGUUCCAGCACGUCAUCUCCCGUUCACCAGACUUUGCCAGCUCCUUUAAGAUUGUCCUGUGACAAGAGCUCCAGUGUGUGGUCCCAGCACCCAGUCCAAGAACCUUUGCAAUAAUGCUGAACUGUGGCCAAAGCUACACCUGCGUUGCUAGAGCCAGCCGGCCAAGCUGGCUCAGCUCAGAGCUGGCCAGUCUCCCCUGGGUAGGGGAGGGCUGGCUGUGGCCAGGCCUCUCCCCUUCUCACUUCCAUUGUCAUUGGUCUGUCCCUAUGGAUUGAACAGUAAUAAAGGUUUAGACAUUUUGA